AUGUCGUGGUUAGGUUUGAAAAAGGCGAUCAAUCGUGCUGGUACCCAGGUUAUGCUUAAAGCAGGGCAAAUUGAACAAACUGUGGAUAAAGAGUUUGAAUAUGAAGAGAAACGAUUUAGAGUCAUGGAAUCAAGCCUGAUUGCAUUACAAAAGAAGCUACGAUCAUAUUUGGAGAGCUUGAAAAUGUUGACCAAAUCACAACUAAACAUUGCUGAAUUGUUAGACUCCUUUUAUGGCCAGGAAUCACAUAUACCCCAUGAAUUUGAAAAUCGUAUAAAUGGACAAGAGAUGGAGUUGUUCAAAAACUUGUCGGGAGAAUAUUUCCACACUUUGAAACAAUUAAACACUCAAGUGAUUAGUGAUUUGGAACAUCCAUAUAAUCAAACUGUACUCAAUCCGAUAGCAAGGUUUAAUUCGUAUUAUGUUGAAGUCAAUGAAGCUAUCAAGAAAAGACACCACAAGCUACUCGAUUACGAUGCCAUGAGGAACAAGUUGAAGAAGUUGAUGGAUACACCACAGACAGAGUAUAGUAAUUAUGAGACCAAAUUUCGAGAAGUGAGUGAUGAAUUGGUGGAAGUUGAGACCAAAUAUGGUGAAAUUAAUCAAAAACUUAAAGAUGAACUACCGAAAUUGGUAAAUAUGAGGAUCGCGUUCUUCGAUCCUAGUUUUGAAAGUUUUGUCAAGAUCCAAUUGCGAUUUUUCAAUGAAAAUUAUCAGCAGUUGCACAAAUUGCAGCAGAAAUUGGAUGCAAAGACUAAACAGGAUUAUGCCGAGGGGAAAUUAGAUGACAAGAUUGAUGAUGUUUUGUCAAAGAUGAGAGCUUUGGAUAUAACUGGGAAGGAUAAUCAUAUAGGCUAA